GUGUUUUGAAUCAAAAGAUUCACUUGUUGAAUCACUCUCUAAGGCUCCUGACUAACCUUCUCAAACUUUUAAACGCGAAAACAAGGUUCUCGAGUUCGUCUGCUUAGAUUCCGCGGCUGGGACGCACAUUAAGUCUGUUUUUUUAAGCCCGUAAGGCGUAUAGUAACAAAAAGCGAACGCAAAAUCCAGCAUGUUUUGAUUUGUUAUUGUCGAGACAUUGUUUCACUGCCUCAGCAGUUGUGAAGAAGCUGUUGGACCGGCUCUGUAAAGCCUCAGGAUCUUAAAGCCCGUCUUGUUUUUCAGGGUAAAGAUUUGUCAAGGGAAAAGUGUACUGGAACUCUAUUCGGGUUACAAGUGGACUCGAUGCUUUAAAUAAGACUCGACUUUAUCGAACUCGGAGCAACCAACCAAACCAGGCGCUUGUUUGGAAUUUAAAGCCUCUAAAGAGAAAACCAUGGCCGAGGCGAACCAGACCGAGGUGUAUGUUUACGAACAGGUCGUUAUCCUGACAUCCUGUGUGCUUUCGUUUCUCGGGUCGCUUUUGAUCGUGUGCACGUACGCGAGAUGGCACGACCUGAGAACUACACCGAGGAAACUGCUCGUGUUUCUGUCCGUCACCGACCUCCUGUCUGCGCUCUCCUACUUUUACGGAGUUUUGAGGAUGUUUGACUCUGAUUCUGGGGACUGUAUCGCGCAAGGAGCGGUCUCCACGUUCGCCAACACAAGCUCGUUCUUUUGGACCGUGGCCAUCGCUAUUUACCUGUACGUUUUUAUUGUGAAGUCCAGCCAGAGGCAGGCCGACAACUUGGUGCUGUAUUUUCAUCUUAUCAGCUGGGGCGUUCCUUUCGCCAUCACUGUGGCAGCCCUGUCCCUGCACAAGAUCGGCUACGACGCCUCUGAAGUGUCUGUGGGCUGGUGCUGGGUGAACAUCCAGGCUCAAGACCAUGUGCUGUGGAUGCUGCUCACGGGAAAGAUCUGGGAGUUCAUCGCCUACAUCACGCUGCCAGUCCUCUACAUCCUCAUAAAGAUACACAUUCAUAACGCACACGCGGCCCUGUCUGAGUACCGUCCCAUCCUGACCAGCAGCCCCGUCUCUCACUCGCUGUCUUCCAUGGCAGACAGGAAGCUCACCCUCAUCCCCAUCAUCUUCAUCAUGCUCCGCAUGUGGAGCACCAUCCGCUUCCUGCUGCUCCUGACCGACUCCCCCGCGGGACACAACCCCGUGCUGGUCACCUUGCACGGAAUUGGAAAUACCUUUCAAGGAGCAGCGAACUGCAUCAUGUUUGUGCUGUUGACUCCCUCGAUUCGAUCGCGCCUGGCGGCUUCGCUGUGCUGCAGAGGUCAGGACAGACUCUGGCGUGCGGAGUCGGCGUCCCAGAACCGGGCAAAUGCAUGUGCGCACCGGGAGGAAAACGGCAACCCCCAAAACUCGGAGAACAGCGAGGGGUAAAAGCUGCCGCGAUCCUCCAGCUGCUGCAGCGCGUUUAACUCUUAUCUGAACGGAGUGAACGCUCUGACUCCACAGCUCUGUGUUGUGGUUGUUGGAGUUACAUCAGAGCCUUACACUCAGCCUUCUUGUUUGACCGAGCGCCUUCACGGAUUACAGGGGACUUGGUCACAUGCACAAAACCCGUAGAGCAUGGAACACAAACGCACUUUCUGUUACCGGUUUAGCUCAGCACUUUAGGCGAGAGGCUUUCUGUCUUCCAAAUCUGUUUUCAUUCUGCUGCCGCAGAUAUCUCAUGUUCAUUUAAAUAGAAAUGAGAUCUGUAGCUCAGGGGAAGCGAGGGAUACAGCAGUUUAUUAUCUAGUGACCAAAAUGGCAAAUGUACUGUGAAGUGUUUUUACAAGGGAUUUCUUCCCUCUUUCUCCUAACAAAGCAUUCUUAAUGCAAUGUUAUUACUUUACAUUACAUUUAAUAUGUAUUCUUAAACCACAAAUGACGUGUUAUAUUAUGUUCUGUUUUUAUAUGUACAAAUGGGUAGUAUUGCUUGUCAUAAUCUUUUUUUUUUUUUUUUUUUUUUUUUUUUCACUUUUCUCUGUAAAGAGUUACAUGCACUUGAUCACAACACGCACAUUUAAUGUUACUUCACACAAUGCCUUAACUAUGACGCAAUGGGGAAGUAGUGCCUUUUAAUCUUUGUAUCUGAUAAAUUAUUUAGUUAUGAAUUUGUAUUAAAGUUAUAUUUUAUCAUCAUAUGAAUUAAUUUCAAUAAAACCAUACCUGUCAGAAUUUUUAUACU